ACGGAAACUUCGUAUAUGUCAGUCAGCGCUGAGCGCUUUACGACGACUAUGAUCAUGAUAUGCGAAUCGUUUGGAUUUAAAAUGCUAAAGACAAACACUAAGAUCUGCCCACCUCUUCUUUGAAGGCUAUGCGUCACAGAUCCAAAAAUAAAUAGACUUCCUCAUUUCCAAUCAUUGGCUUUCGAUUAGUCGGAAACAAGAUGCUCUAACUCAAUCUGACCAUGUGAUGUGUAUGUUUUGAUGUAAAAUGACGUUUGAAACGCCUGCACAGACUCUGACCAAUCAGAAAGCGAUAAUACAACAACGACCACUCUUGUGAUUGGUAAAGAGCAUUGCUGGCUUCGUUAGGUUCUUUAUAAAGUGCAACAGGCUGACGAACAAUCUUUAGACAGCAAGGUAUCUCUGGCGAUCAGAAGAUUUGCGAGUGACGAAAUCAAUCAAGAUAAAACAUCCAGACGCCAGAAGAAGUUUUCAAACAGAAAUCGAAAGGGGGCUUGGGAAACACUUCGACAUGCCAGCUAGAAACAUCUAUAAACCGAGAGAAGGAGGCCACCUUCAAAAUGACAUCAAUCAUACGAAUCCAAUGUCACUAGCCUCUUGUCACCUACAUCGUACCAGUAGCGCCAUCAAUGGCUUUGCAGACGACAUGGCAGCAAUUCCAGACGUUGCAAAAAACAGUUUUCUCCUAAAAAAGGGUUUAAAAAAUAGUGAGCUGGUGGGCAACUCGGACUGUAUCAGCAACCUGGCGAAGAGUUGCAACCAGUGCGGGAUGGUACUAAAAAAGGAGAAAACUGGGCUUCCUGUAAUGAAUUGCGGUAAGCAACAGAUCAACGUAAAUUCAAAGAAGGCUGAAUUUCUAGUUGGAGAAAUUGACUCUGAUACUGAGCAAAGUGUAGCUGAUGAAGCUCCGUCCUUGGUUGCAAGCGGUGUCAAAUCACGUGUUUUAUUCUUUGAAAGUAAGCAAGAAGUUCCAUUCGGCCAAAAAGUAAGGCUCUCUGAGUCAAUGCCCAGUUUGUUGGAUGAAAGCCUAUCUAAGGAGGUUGAAAUUCCUGUUGUCGAAACUGAAAUGGCUCCAGUCGUGGAAAAAGGUGCAGAUUUCCUACACCAAGCAGAGGCCUACCAAACAAAAAUCAAACCGGCUAAAACAAAUACCCAAACAGUUUGCACAGAAACCUCUCCACCAGACCAAGCAAAAUCUUCCUCGCUGCCAGUUAAGGAAGCCAGCAUCCUGGCUGAAUGUACCUCCACUCCAACCUGGUCUUCUCUUUAUGGAGCUGAAGAGCAGCAAGGAGGAAUGUCAGCUGGAUGUCCAUUCUCAGGAAAGACCCAACUUAAAACGGUUCGAUUGAAGAACUAUGUCAAGGACAGUCAACAAAAUGACACUUUGCAUAUGAAAUCAAAAGAAACUCACUGCACUGGAUCGAGGUGCAUGGGUUCGCUAAUGCAACCUUAUGGUGGAGGAGAGAGUAGGCCACAUGGAGUGCCACGUCCAAAAGAAGAAGUUAAAGAACAGGCGAUACUUUUUCUCAGAGAGUAUUACGCUUAUUUGAAAAGACAAGAUUCAGAUGAUCAUCAGAAGCGCGUCAAGGAAGUGCUAGAAGAAGUUGAAAGAACUGGUACCUAUGAGUUAUAUUAUGACGAGCUUACUUUUGGGGCAAAGCUAGCCUGGAGAAAUGCAUCAAGAUGCAUCGGCAGAAUUCAAUGGAAUAACCUCAAGGUCUUCGACUUCCGUUCUCUCUCUACGGUUGAUGAAAUUUUUGAUGCAAUCUGUGAACACCUCGAGUACGCAACCAACAUGGGAAACCUCAGAUCAACGAUUUCUAUCUUUCGUGAACGAAGGGCAGAGAUGAAGGAUCUUCGUAUUUGGAAUUCACAGUUGAUCCGAUACGCUGGCUACGAGCAGCCAGAUGGUAGUGUUAUUGGUGAUCCUGCGAGUGUUGAUUUUACUAAGCUUUGUAUGAAACUCGGAUGGAAAGGUUAUGGAGGUCGUUUCGAUGUGUUGCCUCUGCUAAUUGAAGUUGCUGGCGAAGCGCCACGUGUUUACGAAAUUCCAAAGCACCUUGUACUGGAAGUGAAGAUCAAACAUCCAGAACAUGCAUGGUUUGAAGAGCUUGGCUUGCAAUGGUACGCACUACCAGCAGUGGCAAACAUGAAGUUAGAUAUCGGUGGUGUUGAGUUUCCCUUCUCGCCAUUCAAUGGAUGGUAUAUGGUCACAGAGGUUGGAGCGAGGGAUCUUGGUGAUACGGCGAGAUAUAACAUGCUUGAGCCGAUCGCCAAGAAAAUGAACUUAGACACAAGAACCCCGGCAAGUCUUUGGAAAGACAGGGCAGUUACAGAGCUAAAUCAAGCUGUGCUUUAUAGCUUCCAGGAAGCGAAAGUUACUUUAGUUGAUCAUCACACAGCAUCUGAUUCUUUCAUCAAGCACAUGGAAAACGAGCAAAAACUGAGAGGAGGCUGUCCUGCCGACUGGGUCUGGAUUGUUCCACCGUCCAACGGAUCCACAACUGAAGUUUUCCAUCAAGAAAUGCUUAAUUAUACCCUGAAACCUUCAUACGACUACCAAGAUGAUGCAUGGAGGCAUUACCAGUUUGAGGAUGAGAUCGGGUUGAAGAAGCUUACCUUCAAACAAGCAGUAAUUCUUGUGAAGAUUACAAAAAUUCUAAUGAAUGAUGUAAUGAUGAAGAGGAAGAAGGCCACUGUUCUCUAUGCUACUGAAACUGGGAAAUCUGAGACUUUUGCUAAGACGCUGGCGAAUCUUCUUUCUCGUGUCUUCGACGUCAGGAUAUUCUGUAUGAACGAAUACGAGUUUGAUGACAUAAACAAAGAGAGUUUGCUUGUGAUUGUCACAAGCACGUUUGGAAAUGGAGAGUCUCCAAUGAAUGGAGAGGACUUCAGUGACAAACUGUACAAACUUGGAAAAAAGUACGCAAGUUCGUCUGGCGAAAAUGGCCUUGGUAUGAACUCAAAACUUUUAACUAGCCUCAGAUUCGCAGUAUUUGGCCUUGGAUCCAGUGCCUAUCCCAACUUUUGCGCUUUUGCCCAUUUUUGCCGCUCUGUUCUCAAAGAUCUUGGUGCCAAGGAGAUUCAUGAAAUUGGAGAAGGGGAUGAAUUAUCCGGUCAAGAAGAUUCCUUCAAAAAUUGGGCCAAAGGGGCAUUUGAGGCCUCUUGUGAUGCAUUUUCGAUUGAUCAAAGCAAACUAUCACUCGCAUCUGACGUCACCAACAUUGAAAAAAUCUUCGAUCCGAGCAGUUACGGAUUCGAUUAUGAAGACAGCCAACCAUUGGAUCUUUUAUCAGGCCUUUCGACUUUGCAUUCGAAAGAGUUACAUGUUGUGAAAGUGCUUUCAGUUAAAGAGCUUCAGGCAAAAAGCUCCAGUCGCUCAACAAUUUUGGUAGAGCUCGAUAAAGAAGCAAACGAAUCAAUGAGUUUUGAACCAGGUGACCACAUCGCAAUUUACCCAUCAAACGAUUCGGAGAUUGUUGACAGACUGAUUGAUCUGCUGCAUGACGCUCCUCAGCCUGAAAGGCCGCUUCGAAUCAAGAAGAUCAGCGACAGUUCCACUGCGUGGGAGGCGGUUCAUCGACUGCCGCAGCACAGCUCUUUGCGCCAGGCCCUUACACAUUUCAUCGAUAUUACAAAUCCACCUUCCCAAGAAGUGCUAAGAAGUCUUGCUAAGCUGGCAACGAACGAAGAUGACAUUAAAGCACUUGAAAAUCUUUCAAAGGACAAAAAGGCGUAUGAAGAAUGGAAAAUUGAAAACUUCCCAACUAUAACCGACAUCGCGGAAGAUUUCCCGUCCCUGAAGUUGAACGGGAUUGACUUGCUCAUGCUGCUGCCAGUGUUGCAAUGCCGAUAUUAUUCCAUCUCGUCUUCUCCUCUGAUGUAUCCCAAUCAAAUCCACACUACUGUUGCAGUGGUACGCUAUGAAACGCAAGGCAAAACAAAAAGAGUUCAUAAUGGUGUCUGCUCAUACUGGAUGAGCAACCUGAAGAGAGGUGACCGUGUCCCUUGCUACAUUCGGAAGGCAGCAAAUUUUCGAAUGCCAAAAGAUCCCAAGGCUCCGGUGAUAAUGAUUGGACCAGGCACAGGUAUCGCGCCGCUGCGGAGUUUCUGGCAACACCGGCAAGUGCAAAGGGAUAUGGAGGAGAAGAGUGGCACUGAUUGGGGCAGCAUGGAUCUUUAUGCUGGGUGCAGGCGCUUUAAAGAAGACAACAUUUAUUCUGAGGAGAAGCAACAAGCAUUAAAUGAUGGUACACUGGACCAUGCCUAUUUGGCACUCUCAAGAGAGCCAAAGCUCAAAAAGACAUACGUGCAAGACGUGUUGGCAAGGCAUGCUAAAGAUGUCUGCAAUAAAUUAACAACAAAGCAAGGACACAUUUAUGUGUGUGGUGAUGUUGCCAUGGCUGCAGAUGUCAGCAGAGUUCUAUGUGAGAUAUUUCAGGAUCAGCUUGGUUUUUCUAAGGAGAAAGCAAGAGAGUUUUUGAAAAGCCUCAAGAGCUCUGGUCACUACCACGAGGAUAUUUUUGGCGUGACGAAGAUUCCUGGCCCCUCACGGAAAGAGCAGAACUAAUGUCAAUACAGACACUAUUUCAUUCAUUGGUAGUAUAAUUUUCGAUUAAGUCAAUUCUUGUUGUAUAUUAGAAUAAUAUUCGAUUUACGAUCAAUAAUCUUCGGCACACAAUUGUAAAUGUAGGGUAAAUUGUAAAUGUUUUGCUACAGAUUGAUGCUCAUUAAUAACUUUAUAGUAUGUAGUGAGGUAGGAAAAUUACGAUAAGUCCAUGAUGUCAGCUUUAAACAAAAAACAAUGUCUUUAUUUCAAAGGCAUAGCUUAUUUAUCAAUAAACAACCCUGGACGACGGAGCUAAAGCAGGGAAAUAAAUUAUUUUAAGCCAUAUUUUGUAUAAAAUGUAGUUUCAACAUUUAAUGAAGUAUCAACAUUGAAAAGCAUGUCAAUUGUAGUCGCGUAUGUUCUAGUUAAAGGCCAAGCAUUUGCCAAGUUAUUGCUUGACCUCUUUAGCUAAUUAUGCAGGCAUAAUUAUUAUGCGAGGACUUACAUAGGCAAAUUGAAAUAGAUAACAUUUGAUAUCAGCAAAAUAACAAAUGAUUUAGGAUAAUCCGUGAAUGCCUAUACUCAAAGAUCGUAGUUAUCAGAAAAAUGUUGUUGUAUUUAGCAGGCCUACAUAUGAAUUUGAAAUUUGACUCUAUAUAUAAAUAACGUUAUGCAUAAAUAUUGUAUGUUUAAUGGGGUUUUAAUUCAGUCCAUAUUUUGUAUAGACAUAUUGAUAUGUGAGUUUUUUACAAUUUUUGUAAUUCCUUUUCAUUAAGUAGCAAAAGCCUUUGCAUAUUUAAUUUUGUACAAGCUGUUGUAUUGUUAGGAAUGUUAUAUUGUUAGGUAUGUUUCUUCAUUAAAUUCACGCAAAA